UCAUGCAUUGUAGCAUAUAACUCCUAUCUAUAAAUAAUAACCAUUUGAUUAGCAUUUUCACACAAAAAAUAUACCAACACAAAAUUCAACUUUAUAUUACAUUUAAAUACCCUUCAUAUAUAUUUUUCUCUAAAAAUUCUUAGUAGCAAAGUGAUCAUGGCAAGCACACCAAGUAUUCCAUCUCAUACAAAAGCUUGGGUUUACUCUCAAUAUGGUAACAUAGAAGAGAUUCUAAAGUUUGAUUCUAAUGUACCUACACCACACCCAAAAGAAGAUCAAGUGCUCAUCAAGGUGGUUGCUGCUGCCCUUAAUCCUGUUGAUAUUAAGAGGGCUCUUGGUCAUUUCAAGGACAUUGACUCUCCUUUGCCGACUGUACCAGGAUAUGAUGUUGCUGGUGUGGUGGUUAGUGUGGGAGAGCAAGUGAAGAAAUUUAAGGUUGGAGAUGAAGUUUAUGGUGAUAUCAAUGAGAUUACUUUACACAAUCCAAAAACUAUUGGUACUUUGUCAGAGUAUACUGUUGCUGAAGAAAAAGUACUUGCUCACAAACCAUCAAAUUUGAGUUUUGUUGAAGCUGCUAGUCUCCCUUUAGCAAUCAUUACUGCUUAUCAAGGUCUUGAAAGAGUUGAAUUUUCUUCUGGUAAAUCUCUACUUGUUCUUGGAGGUGCUGGGGGAGUUGGAUCUCUUGUUAUUCAGCUAGCCAAGCAUGUUUUUGAGGCAUCUAGAAUUGCAGCUACUGCUAGCACAACAAAACUAGAUUUUUUGAGGAAAUUGGGAGCAGACUUGGCAAUUGAUUAUACUAAGGAGAAUUAUGAAGAACUUACUGAAAAGUUUGAUGUGGUGUAUGAUGCAGUAGGUGAUAGUGAGAGGGCAGUGAAGGCUGCCAAUGAAGGAGGAAAAGUUGUGACAAUACUACCACCUGGAACUCCACCAGCUAUCCCUUUCUUACUCACUUCAGAUGGAGCUGUAUUAGAGAAAUUGCAACCUUAUUUGGAAAAUGGCAAAGUGAAACCAAUAUUGGACCCUAAGAGUCCCUUUCCAUUUUAUCAGACUUUGGAAGCAUUUUCCUAUCUCAAUACUAAUAGAGCUAUUGGGAAAAUAGUUAUUCAUCCCAUUCCAUGAGCAUGAAUAAUCAAGCUCAUAAAUUUCAUGGCUUUGAAUUUGUACUAUUUUGGUUACUAGAAAGUGUAUUUGUGUGUUUAUGCAGUAAUAAAUCUCUAAGAGAUAUAUGUUUGUUAUUUUUUAUAAUUAUCCAAAAAA